GUUGUUGCCGAUACUUUCAGCAGAACGUGAAGGCACCAUAUCCUACACUAAGCUAGCGGGUAGUUAAAACCAUAAUACCUUUACUCUUACUAGGGGGCAGCGUUUGUAAGAGCCGGGGUCUGGGUGUAUCUUUCCACUAAAAUGCUGAACCCACAAAGAUCUCUAUCUGAAGGGCCUACUAUGUCUGCUGCCAGCCAAGUGGAGAGAACGGUGUUGGAGGAGGAAUUCAACUGGCUGCUCAAAGAAGAAGUACACGCUGUGCUGAAGCAGCUGCAAGAUGUCCUGAAGGAGGCCUCCAGACGCUUCUCCAUGCCCUCACCAGGCCUCGAGAGUCAACUCAAACAGGAAAACUUCAUCCUUGGCAGUUCUACGAUGGAUCAGGUGAAGGGGGUGCUGACUCUGCAGGGAGAGGUUCUGACCCAGGCUGACAUAAACCUAAAGGUUGCAAAGAGCAGCCAGGUGCUGCACUUCCAGUUCAGAGAGGACAAGCAGUGGAAGCUGCAGCAGAUCCAGGAUGCUAGGAACCAUGUGAACCAGGCCCUGCUACUGCUCAGCAGUCGGGACAGCAGCUACCACUUUAAGACUGGUGCUGAGGUCAAUAAGCUCAUGGAUGCUGUGAUGCUGCAGUUGACACGAGCCAGAAACCGCCUCACCACCCCGGCCUCCCUCACACUGCCUGAGCUGGCCACCAGUGGCCUAAUGAAAAUGUUCUCCCCUCCUAUGCCUGGGGACGUGAUGGUGAAUUUUUAUAUCAACUUGAGUAAACUGUGUCUGACGGUUUAUCAGCUUCAUGUGCUGCCUCCCAAUACGACUAAGAAUUUCAAGCCAGCAGGAAGCUCAGUGUUGCACAAUCCUGGAGCUAUGUUUGAGCUCAACAACAACCGCUUUGAAGUAAGCCAUGUUCAUAAGGUGGAGUGUGUGGUGCCGUGGCUCAACGACACACUGGUGUUCUUUACCAUCUCCCUCCAGCUCUGUCAGCAGCUCAAAGACAAGAUAUCCGUCUUCUCCAGUUUCUGGAACUACAGACCGUUCUAGUCCAUCCUCCAGAGACCAGUCAGACCAACACACAGUCAGAGAAAAAAACCACACGAGUGUAAGGGACAUCCUGGGAAGCAUUAUUUUAUUUUAAUGUAUUUACACAUUAAAUUUUCAGUCAUUCUGUUCCAAGUGUUGCACGAUUAGCCCAAGAAGCCAGUCAAAUCCCGACAGAUCAAUGUUAGCUGUUUCCUCCAGUCCCCUGAUGUGAGGGUUUAUAUCUCACAGCACUGACUUGAACUUUGUGUAUGAAUGAAUGACACUAACAUUUACUCUUAAUAUUAUUUUUUAUGUUCAAAGAAACUUAGCUUUUAUUUAGUAUGGUGCUCAUUCCAACAUCACCCAAUGACAUUGUCUUAAAUAAUUACUCAGGACUGGAACACAGUGGUAUGAGGUCAUAGUUUCUCUUUUCUUUUGGAUUAUGUUUUGUUCUUUUUUUUUUUUUCGUGGUUUAAAUCCCUUCACUGGAUGAUUUUUGCCUUGAAGGCUUUAAAAGACACUCCAAAUAGUUGAACAUGUGAAUAUACUACAGAUGUUGUUGCAUUAUGGGAGAUCCAGGAAAAAAAAGAAACAGACACCUCUGUUGUUUCCACUUCAUUAUUUGCCAGUCUCUUCAUGGGUGUGACGACAUUCCCACAGCACAUGGGGUCUCACAUGGAUGGGGUUUUUUUUGUAGACCACUGGCAGGUGACGCAGUGAGCUGUGGCAUUAAAAUGACUAUAUCCAUCUCCACGAGAGAAAGCACCCCAUAAAGUCUGUGUCAAAACCAUUGUCAUCAUUUCGUUUCAGUUCCGAGGUUGUUGUUCUUCCUCAUAGCAAAGUAUACCUUAAAUAUGAUGUAGGGGGCACCCAGGUAGAUGGAGGGGGGACUUGUUUUCCUGCCUUUUGGUAUAAAAUCCCUGAUGACUCACAUUCCCUGUUUGUUACUGCAUUGAUAUGUAUAAAUUAUAAUCUACUCGUUACUUGUGUGAAUGUAAUUGUGUUUAAUUCAAAGUGUUGUUUAUGUUGAUAUUUAUUUACGUGUUUUGCACAUUGAUCUUUGACUCAAUGAACACUAGUCCAGUCAUGAACAAAUAGACUUCUUUAUUCCAGGAAGUGUUAAUCUAUUUUAAAAAGCUGCUUAUCCUAUCAAAUGUGGAAAUUAUUUAUCAGUGCAAUAAAGAAAUAAUGAAUGAAAAAGUGA